AUGGACGCCCGCCAGGCACUGCUUGAGGCCAAGGCCAAGUGGAGCCAGCGGCUGCACAAGGCAGUGGAGGCGGAUGCCUGGGGGCAGGUGGUGGAGGCCGCAGAGGGAUAUGCGGUGGCCGGAAAGCGGAUUGUGCGGAUGCAGGAUGCGGCAUGCGUGGAUGUGCUAUCGCGGGCAGUGCUGGGCAAGAUCUAUCUGUGCGUGCAGAUGCGGAUCAAGGCGCUGGGCACGGAUCCGACGGACGCUGGCGGCAGCGGCGGCGGCGGCGAAGCGAGCAUCGAGGGAGAGUUCCCGCUGGCAGAGAUGCAGGUGCUUGACGUGUAUGUCAGCGGGCUUUUUGCAAACGGGCCAAUCCGGCCUGGCGACGACGGCUUUCCGGUCGACAUUGCGGCAUAUGAGGCUCAGCGGGUGGCAGCCGACGGCUCACGGGUGGCGUCGCGGCCGGUGAAGCGAGCCGAGGCGCCGGCUGGUGGCUUCUUGCUUCCCCCACCGGCGCCGUUUCCGGGCGGAGGAACGCAGGUCUCGAUUUACCUGGACCGCAUCGGCUUUGCGGACGCCGAGUCCUACCUCGAGCCGCGGAUCACCAUCACCGUGGUCGACGGACGCGGCAAGCUCCUCGAAUCUGCGCAGGAGACGCCUGUAGCGGUCCGAAAGGAUGCCAGCUACGUGUACUUUGGCGCACGCUUUAAGCACUACAAGCCCAAGAAGGCCAAGCUCUCGACGCGCGCGUUCUGUCUGCUCGAGCCCGACGAGCUUGGCGCUGACGGCGAGGAGCUCCUGCUGGAGAUCUAUAAGAAGCCCGCAGACUUUAAGCGAAAGAAGAAGCUGAAGCUCUUCUCGGACGCGCCACUGUUUCUCCAUGUGCGACUGACGCAACGUAGGGACAGCUGA